AUGGAAGGUUGGCCUCCAGGAGCAUUCCACCGUUACCGUUUCUGCAUCGUCAACGAAGGCAACUUCUGCAAGGCCGAGGUCGUCGCCAUGCCUGCUCCCGUCACGCAGACCCAACCCCAGGCGCAGCCCGAAUCGCCUGCCGUUCGUCACUGCUGCUGGUGCCGCAUCCCCUUGCCAUGA